GUGAAUCGUUUCCCCGAUUGCCCCUCUCUCUUUCUCUCUUCCCUUCUCACCCAGUUGCCGAAUUUGAGGGCAGGAACAAAGAACCCUCGUCGUCUUUUUGCUGUUCGCCCUCCUCGCCGGCGCGCCCUAUUUCUCCCUUUCUAUGAGACGCCACACCGCCUGAUUUCUUCUUUCCGCCCUCAAAUACCUCACUCCCCCCCCUUACCGUCGGUUGUGGAGCAGCGGAACCACUGGUAGUAACACACUGCACUGAUCUUCUCCUCCUCCAUAAUGGCUCUUCCUUACUUGGAAGCGGUUUUGGGCUUUAUGAUCUUAAUGUACAUUUUGGAGACCUAUUUAGACAUUCGACAGCAUGCAGCUCUCAAGCUGCCCAGCCUACCGAAACCAUUGGAAGGUGUGGUUGGUCAAGAAAAGUUUGAAAGGUCUCGAGCUUAUAGCCUCGACAAAAGCCACUUCCACUUUGUUCAUGAAGCUGUGAGUAUACUGAUGGACACCGCAAUUUUGUAUUUUGGCAUAUUACCUUGGUUUUGGAAGAAAACUGGAGACUUAGUGGCAUACAUGGGCCUGAAUGCAGAGAAUGAAAUAAUACACACACUUUCAUUUUUAGCUGGUGUUAUGGUUUGGUCACAGAUCACAGACCUGCCAUUUUCUCUUUAUUCAACAUUUGUGAUCGAGGCUCGUCACGGGUUUAAUAAACAAACGAUAUGGCUAUUCUUCAGGGAUAUGUUUAAAGGAAUUUGCCUUUCAAUCUUACUUGGACCACCAAUUGUAGCUGCAAUUAUUGUCAUAGUACAGAAAGGAGGUCCUUACCUGGCAAUAUAUCUAUGGGCUUUUAUGUUUGUGCUCUCCAUUGUAAUGAUGACACUGUAUCCCAUUUUAAUAGCUCCUCUGUUUAAUAAAUUCACUCCUCUUCCUGAAGGAGAGCUUAGAAAGAAAAUAGAGAAGCUAGCAGCGUCGCUUAAGUUUCCAUUGAAAAAGCUCUUUGUUGUUGAUGGAUCUACAAGGUCAAGCCAUAGCAAUGCAUAUAUGUAUGGAUUUUUCAACAACAAACGCAUCGUUCUCUAUGACACAUUGAUUCAACAGUGCAAAAAUGAGGAGGAAGUAGUUGCAGUUAUUGCUCAUGAACUUGGACACUGGAAACUCAAUCAUACAAUGUAUUCUUUCAUUGCUGUUCAGAUUCUUACACUUUUGCAAUUUGGAGGAUAUACUCUUGUAAGGAAUUCAAAGGAUCUCUUUCAAAGUUUUGGCUUUGAUACUCAGCCAGUACUUAUUGGCCUCAUCAUCUUUCAGCAUACUGUCAUACCCCUCCAGCACCUUGUCAGCUUUGGUCUCAAUCUUGUCAGCAGGGCUUUUGAAUUUCAGGCUGAUGCUUUUGCAAAGAAACUGGGUUAUGCCACAGCACUUCGAGCAGGCCUUGUGAAAUUACAGGAAGAGAACUUAUCUGCCAUGAACACAGAUCCAUGGUAUUCAGCUUACCACUACUCCCAUCCACCACUAGUUGAAAGACUCGCUGCUCUUGAAGAACCUGACAGGAAGAAGGAAGACUAGUCUGAGGUAGGUACCUGUGAUCUCAUUGUCGAACAAGAAUACGUCAUCUUGGUGGGUGUACAAUCCUGAGUAUUUUACGGAAAGAACAGCAAUCAUGUGCUGGAGGUCGGGCAUAAAUCAUUCUCCACUGAUGUUGAUUCAGAGGAAAUCAACCUAUAAGAGCCUCUAUCAGGAAUGUGUUUUAUAAGUAUCUUCUCCUGAAUUUCACUAUAUUGCUUCUGACGCAUGCCAUACUUCCCAACUAGGAUUCUGUAUAUGAAAUUGCAAAUCAUUUUCUAAUACAUGUACCUGCACACUCUGAUCAGAAAAGUAAACUCAGCUGCAUGCAUAUAAGUGAGCACAUCUAUAUACUUAAAUCGUGCUGGCUUGCUCAUUCAAUUGUUUUAACAUUCUUGUUAAAUGAUUUGCAUAUUUGAUUUUUUA